AUGCCUUUUACAUCUCCGGCGGAAAAUGAGCCGUUUAGUCCGACUUUUGUUCCAGAGACUCAAUUGUCUGACCGUGAAACCCCAAUUGAGCUCGUAAAUUUGGAGAAGGUGGAUUCCGACACUGCAGGUAGAAGAAAGCGGUCAACAUGGAGUAAGGUUGAAGAUGAGGUUUUAGCAAGAUCGCUUGUUACUAGUAGUGAUGAUCCAAUAAUCGGCAAUGAUCAAAAGGUGGAUGCUUUCUGGGGACGUAUUGCAAGCUACUACAAUGAGAAUCAUCCUCCAAGUACACCAAAUAGAAUUGCUAGUGUCAUACGAUCGCACUGGCACAAUACCAUACAAAAAAAGGUAUAUCGCUUCAACGCAAAUUACAAUAGUGUUUAUAGUGUGUAUCGUAGCGGCCACAGUGAUGAGGACAUAUUACGGCUUGCAUAUGAAAAGUAUCGCGAGGAAAAUAAUGGCAUUGCAUUUAAUCUCGAGCAUAUAUGGAGAAUCAUAAAAGAUCGUCCAAGCUUUACUCCAUAG